GUUAAUGAGCACUGCUGUAGCGCGCGGCGGGCCCCGCACCCUCAUCCCACCGCCCUUUCCCUCCCCCUUCGCUUCGUUCGUUCGUUCCCUUUUUCUUUCCGCCGCGGCAACUGUGAGCCGGCCCGAUCGAGAGACCGCCAUAAUUCAUUCCAUCCAUCCGUCCGUCCGUCCUCUGCCGAGUAUAUAAGCGCGGCCAUUGGGGGCGCUCGUGGGGUUGUUCGUCGCAUCGUCGCAUCGGGCGCAGGGGGGCAGGCAGAGAUCAGAUCGGGGGAGAGGGAGACCACGGCGACGGCGGCGACCAUGUUCAGCGGGACGCAGCAGAAGUGCAAGGUGUGCACCAAGACGGUCUACCCCAUGGACCAGCUCUCCACCGACGGCGCCGUCUUCCACCGCGCCUGCUUCAAGUGCCACCACUGCAAGUCCACCCUCUCCUUUAGCAGCUACUCCUCGUUCGAAGGGGUGCCCUACUGCAAGCCCCAUUUCGCGCAGCUGUUCAAGGAGACCGGGAGCUACAAUAAGAGCUUCCAGUCACAAUCCCCCGCGAAAUCUGCAACGGACAAGUUGACUCCUGAGCUGACUAGAUCGCCAAGCAAAGCUGCUGGCAUGUUUUCUGGAACGCAGGACAAGUGCGCCACUUGUGGUAAAACAGCAUACCCUCUUGAGAAGGUGACAGUUGAAGAGAAGUCUUACCACAAGUCCUGCUUCAAAUGCUCUCAUGGAGGCUGCGCCCUCUCGCCCUCCAAUUACGCGGCUUUGGAAGGCAUCCUCUACUGCAAGCACCAUUUCUCACAGCUUUUCAAGGAGAAGGGGAGCUACAACCAUCUGAUCAAGUGCGCAUCGGUCAAGCGCGCAGCAGAGGCGCAAACCGCACAGGCCGCGGCACAAACAGCACAGGCGGCUGCUGAAUCCUCCUGAUUAUGCUGCCAUCUUUAAAGUGGGCUUUGAGGCUGGAAGUUUGGAAGCCUUGCUCUUUAUUUACGAUUGUAACCUGCUGUAUGCUGUGUUCAAGCUCCGGGGAUACCAGGACCUAUCAAUUUCGUAUCUCCUUGUGUGCUAGCUGGAUCACGUUGUUGAACCAUGGAGUUGAUGUCAUUCCGAAAGAAACUGUUGAAAUUGCUGUGCAUCAGGUACUGGUAUAAUGAGUUCUUGUGGUGCCUCAGUGCAUCAAUAUUUCA